AUGGCGGCCAAUGUUGGGGAAUCAACAAGCGGUAGCAGCAGUGGCGCUGAUGCUGGGGGUAGCUUCGAGUGCAACAUAUGCUUCGAGCUGCCACAGGAGCCGAUCGUGACGCUGUGUGGGCACCUCUUCUGCUGGCCGUGCCUUUACAAAUGGUUGCACAUCCACUCGCACUCCCCCGAGUGCCCAGUGUGCAAGGCCAUCGUCGAGGAGGACAAGCUCGUCCCCCUUUACGGCCGUGGCAAGGACCGUGUCGACCCGAGGUCCAAGAACGCCCCCGGGGCAGACAUCCCCAACCGUCCGGCUGGACAGAGGCCUGCCACGGCUCCGCAGGCCGAUCCCAACACCCACUUCCCCAACGCCAACCCGAACCCGUGGUUCAUGGGCGGGGGCAUCCCACCGGCGAACGCGCGGUGGGGGAACUACACCUUCUCGGCUGCGUUCGGGGGGCUGUUCCCGCUGCUCAGCUUCCAGGUGCAUGGGUUCCCGGAUGCCACCGCCUAUGGCCAGCCGGCCGGGUUCCCUUAUGGAUACGGCCACGGCCAUGGCCACGCGUUUCAUGGCGGGCACGCUGGAGGACAUGCCCACGCCGCCGCCGCUCCUCGGCACGGUCAGCACGGACAACAGCAGCAGCAGCAGGCGGAUGUGUACCUCAAGGCGCUGCUCAUCCUGGUCGGCGUUCUGGUGAUUGCGAGCCUCAUCACGUUCUAG